AUGGAUCCUCCGGGCUUUGUGCGCGCUGGGAAGCCCGCUGUCGCCGCCCACCGAGCCCCGGGCGCCCCCGAGGGCGCACAUUUCCGGGCCGCCCACCGCCUGGAUCGCCCCCGCCGAGCCUCCUCGAGUGUUGUCCGUCUGCUCCACGUCCCAGCCACCCCAUCACCAUCCGAAAUGCCUGUCGACUUCUCCGGGUACUGGAAGAUGCUGGCCAACCACAAUUUCGAGGAGUACCUGCGCGCCCUCGAUGUCAACGUGGCGUUGCGCAAGAUCGCCUGCUUGCUGAAGCCGGACAAAGAGAUCGUUCAGGAGGGGGACCACAUGGUCAUCCGCACGCUGAGCACUUUCCGGAACUACAUCAUGGACUUCCAGGUCGGCCAGGAGUUCGAAGAGGACCUCACGGGCAUCGACGACCGCAAGUGCAUGACCACAGUGAGCUGGGACGGAGACAAGCUCGAGUGUGUGCAGAAGGGCGAGAAGGAAGGACGAGGCUGGACCCAGUGGAUUGAGGGCGAUGAGCUGCACUUGGAGAUGAGGGUGCAGGGUGUGGUCUGCAAGCAAGUAUUCAAGAAGGUGCAGUGAGCCCCGGGAGAGGACUGCGCGGUCCAGGAAAAGAGGCAUGGACGCAGGGGCCAGGGACGACCCCAACCCCUCUGCAUGGCACGGGGCAGAGUGUCCAGCCUCCCCCACUUUCCCACAACCCCCCAAUGGCUUAGUCUGACUCUUGGCUUUGUCUCUUUCCUUAAAAUGAAGCUAUCUUAAUAAAAUCAAUCCCUGUCCAA